GCUGUAACUCUUGCUGCAGCAGCUCCCACACAAAGAGUUCUAAGAUAAAGCGACAACAAGACCCCACCAGCAGAUGCCCCCCCCCUCCCACUGGGUGGAUGUGACAGAUGUGCAGGCUGCAGCACUGGUCCCACACCGCUGGAGAGUGAGGCAGGGAGUUACCACACCGCACAGAUCUCGGUUAAAACGCAUUCUAGGUUUAUUUUAGAAGGAUUGUGGAGUCCAUGUGUGUGAGAGACCUCGAUGGUGAUGCUGUUCUAUCAGGGGAACCUGUGAGGAGACUGCUGUCCACCUCACCACGGAGCUCAACACCAUGGCUGCCGCUCUCACCAUGCUGCUCUUCUUCCUUCACCUCUUCACUUUCUCUGCAAUGGAAUUAGCCUCAGAACAAGUCCUCCCCCAGAUACACCCACAUAUCACUGGUUGUGUCUCCACCAACAUGGAGACUUUCCACUGCAGAUGGAAUGUCGGCACUUCCCAAAGCCUCUCCCAGCCGGGAGAUAUCCGCUUAUUCUACAUUAACAAAAAACCCCCAACUGCUUUUCUUAAAGAGUGGAGUGAGUGUCCUCACUACAGCACCGACAGACCACAUGAGUGCUUUUUCAAUGAGAACCACACAACCAUCUGGACGUAUUACAGUGUCCAGCUCCGCUCCAGGGAUCAAUCCAUCGUCUAUGAGGAGAUCCUUUUCCAAGUUUCAGACAUCGUGCAACCGGAUCCUCCAAUCGGAUUGAAUUGGACCCUGCUGAAUGUGAGCUUCACCGGCAGUUACUAUGACAUCAUACUGAGCUGGAAACCGCCUCAGUCUGCAGACGUGGAAAUGGGAUGGAUGACGCUGCAGUAUGAGGUCCAGAUACGCAAUGUCAACUCUGACCUGUGGGAAGAGGUCGACCUUGUGAAAAGCACACAUCGGUCCAUUUAUGGGCUUCAAACUAAUGUCAAUCAUGAGGUUCGGGUCCGGUGCAAAAUAUUCGCUGGGAAAGAGUUUGGAGAGUUCAGUGACUCUAUAUUUGUGCACGUUCCAUUUACAGUGUCGAGAUUCCCAGUGGUGGCCUUGCUCAUCUUAGGUGCCUUGUGUUUAGUGACCAUCCUGAUGUUAGUUAUCAUAUCGCAGCAGCGGAAGUUUAUGAUUAUUCUUCUGCCUCCUGUUCCAGGACCUAAAAUAAAAGGAAUUGACCCUGAACUACUCAAGAAAGGGAAGCUGAAGGAGUUGAAAUCCAUCCUGGGUGGCCCCCCUGAUCUGAGGCCGGAACUCUACAACAACGACCCAUGGGUGGAGUUCAUUGAUCUGGACAUUGAAGAGCAUAACGACAGACUGACACACCUGGACACGGACUGUCUCAUGGAGCACUCACUGUCCUCCAACUGCUCUCCUCUCUCCAUCGGCUUCAGAGACGACGACUCCGGCCGGGCCAGCUGCUGCGACCCAGAUUUUCCCAGCGACCCAGAACCGUCACCUUUCAUUCCUCUCAUUCCAAAUCAAACCCACAGUAAGAAACCGUUGUGCCCAAUUACUUGUGAGCCAAGCGCCACGGUCCAGAGCCCCGCCACUGGGGAGCGUCUUUUUGUUGCACCCGGCAGAGAGGCACUGUACACCCAGGUGAGUGAGGUGAGGUCAUCUGGCAAGGUGCUGCUGUCACCUGAGGAACAGACUGAGAUGGGGAAAAGCACUGGCAAAGCCAUAGGGAAAGACAUAAUCACGGGGAAAGAGAAAGAGAAAAAAGAGUUUCAGCUUCUGGUGGUGAAUCCAGAUCAUGGAGGAUACACCUCAGAGCUCAACGCAGGAAAAAUGAGCCCCAUAUUGUCCUCAGGAGACAUGAGUGACACCUGCCAGACACAAGAAGACUUGAGUUCUUCACCGUCCUUGUCACGUUACCAGAAAUCAGAUACCUGCCCCAUGUCCCCUCUUUCCCCUGCUCCUGUCUACACCGUUGUAGAGGGUGUUGGCACCCAUAACAGCCUCUUACUGACACCGAACUCGAUACCUGCCCCCCGACUGAUAAUCACAAAAAUCAUACCAACACCAGAUGGCUACCUGACCCCUGAACUUUUGGGAAGCGUCACACCAUAGAUCAGCGGUAAACUGUGCCAAGUCAAUACUGCUCCAUCAAAUGCACAGAUAAGCUUGGGAAACGCUUGGAGAAUGGGUAUUGAAUUCCCAAAAGUUGAGUGUUGAAUGUCAGUUUUAGUAAAAUAGUUAGGGGGCAUCUGUGCCUGUCCUGCCACCACCUCUGACCUGCCACUGCUCCAACUGACAGGGCUGUAAAGGGUUAGGUAAAAGUUUGGUAUGAGGGAGGAAGAGCACAUGGGUUUUACUGCAGUUGUGUAAUGGGCAAAGAGACACACUGUCAUUCAUUUGGAUUUAUGUUUUUUAUCCAAUUGAUGAAGACAAGUUCAAUAUACACUCUCCUUAACUCCUCCGAUUUGGCCUUUAUAAAGCCCUUAGAAAAAGAACUGGCUCUGGCAGCUAAAUGGUCCACUGUUUUCACCAGCUAGUUGCUCUUUUUGUUUUUCUGCAGUUUGGUGCUAUGAGCCCAAAGACACUAAAAAGCUUUAUAGAGCUACAGAGUUGCUGUGUUUUUGUCUCUACGAGUCCCACCCUUAGACAUUAUAAGUAAUCAUUUCAUUCAUACUGUAUAUAUUUACAGUAAUUGUACAAUGACAUGGUUCACUUUGUGUGCACUUUACUCUAUGCUGCACUUUCUUUGUAAUAAAAUCAGGUCAUGACUAACUGAUAUAUAUAGAAUGUGAAAGAUCAUGUACCCUCUUUUAAUGAAUCCAACAUUUGUUAUGGCUUUCAUAAUGUUUUCAUUUCUUUCCAGGCUUUAAGAUCUCUAUUGCCAAAAUAAAACUGAAAUGUUUUCAGAGCUGACAACCAAAAUAUUUUGGAUUGCUAGUAACUGGUUGACAGAGCAUUUAUUAAAAAUUAAAAGUUGGGGGUACAUGGUCAUCAGUGUUGAAUUUGUACAGCUAUUGCAUUUUAACUGUUCAAGUGUUACAAAUAAACGUUCAU